AUGAUUCAUUGUUUUUUCAUCUUAUUGCUUUACCUUUUAACAUGCACGUCAGAUAAUGCAGAUAUAAAGGGACAGAAUCAUGUUAUGAUUGUUCAAGCUGGAGUCGCUGUUAACUUAACAUGUAUUUUUCCAAAAGAGUCAAGAACCAGUGUGGUUUGGGUCAAACAAAGAGUUGGAGAGAAACCUCUUCUAAUUGCUUCAGCAUAUCAAGGUUUAGCUGGCAAAUAUGAAAAUGACUUUGACAAACAAAACCGCUUCUUUAUAGAAAAAGAUGAAGGUAGUUUUAAUCUGAGCAUCGCAAACACUGAAAUAUCAGACACUGCAACAUACUAUUGUGUUGCAUAUGUGUACGAGUUCAUAUUUGGGAACAGCACUGACCUCAUUGUUAACGCUGGUAAACUGAACAUCAAGUCUGAGCAUCAGAGAUCAGCAUCAGAGGAUCAGCAGUGCAGCGUCAUCUCUCAGAGCUGUGCAGAAGAACACAAGGUCUACUGGUUCAGACAGGGCUCUGGAGAAUCUUCCCCAGGAGUGAUCUACACUCAGAACAGCAGGAGCGCUCAGUGUGAGAAGAGCUCUGAUCUUAACUCCACUGCACACAAAUGCAUCUACAGCCUGCCCAAGACUGAUGAAGAUCCCGCCAUCUACUACUGCGCUGUGGCUGCUUGUGGACAAAUACUGUUUGGAGAUGUGGUAACAAUCCCAGGUUUUUGGACACUUUGGAAGACUGUUGCUCUGGCGUUGGCAAUUUCAAACAGUUUAUUAAUGAUUGUGAUCAUAUUUCUGGGCAUGCGGUUGUACAAGUUCCAAAAGAACGACAGGACACAGAACAUUCAGCUUGGUCAAUUAAUGGAUGAAGACAGAGGUGUUUUGAAUUAUGCUGCACUGAGCUUCCAACAAAAGUCCUCCACUUCUAGAAGACCCAAAGAAAAACAUUUAAGAUAA